UUACGUUAGCACUCACUCUCUCUUCCCUUCAUCGCAACAGCAUGGCCUGUCAAAAAUUUCAAAUUCUUGGCGCAGGAUCCUACGGCACCGUAUUUCUUGGUCGACUUUCUUCAUCUACAUCAACUGAUCCGCAGGUGUUUGCCGUGAAGUCUUCAAAGCUAGAGUCUUCAAGAUCACUUAGGGUGGAAGGGCGAAUCUUGAAUCAACUCCGAGGAUGUCCCUAUAUCGUCCACUGUUUCGGAGACGACACCAGCCUAGAACAUGAAGAGGUUGUCUACAACCUUUUACUCGAGUACGCUCCGGGUGGAUCACUGGAGAGCCUGAUCAAGUCUCGCCCCGGAAACAUCAUGGAAUUUGAGGUUUCUUUCUACGCUUAUCAGCUUCUGAAGGGUUUAGAGGAAGUGCACGGCUGGGGAUUGGUUCACUGCGAUUUGAAACCCGCCAAUGUUCUUGUGUUUCCGUGUGGGUGCGGGGUGAAUCGUCUCAAGAUCGCCGAUUUCGGGCUGGCUAAGCCCUCCGGAGUUAACAUUUUUGGGAAUUGUCACCGGGGGUCUUUACUGUAUACCUCGCCGGAGUCUUUGGUUUCCGGGAUGCACGAGGCGCCCAAAGAUAUAUGGGCUAUAGGGUGCAUCGUUGUGGAGAUGAUCACCGGAAAUCCGCCGGAUGCGUUUCUAAACAUUGCCUCCAAGAAACCCGAAAUCCCAGAGGGUAUAUCCAAUAGCUGCAAGGAUUUUCUGGAGAUGUGCUUUGCAAGAAACCCCAGUACGAGAUGGACUGCCGCAAUGUUGCUGAAUCAUCGGUUUGUUGCUAAUGAAUUUAAUCUACUGUUGGGGAAAAAACUGGAGGAUCAUCAUCAAGUCAAUAGCCCUUUUGGGUUUGAAGGAUGGAGUUCUACUACUUGUUUGUUUUCGACGAGGAUUCGCGCAUGUUCUUCCCGACCAUCUGCUUCUAAUCAACCUGUUCUGUUUCAUCAGAAGAUGAAAACUGUGAUUUUGGGGCAUUGAUUGAUGUUCUGAUCUGUUUCAUAGAAUAGGUUUUAGAAGAAGAAAUAGGAUGUAAAAGCUAGGAAAGAAUCUUUUAUUGUGUUUAAUAAAUAAAUAUUCUUUUGAAAACUCAAAAA